GUCGGUGAACGGCUCGAGGGCCGAGACCGGACCGGACGUCGCCUCAAAAUUGAGCAGUUUGUUCGCCGGACUUCCUAGUCUGGCGAGUCCUCAACGCCUCGCCAGUUCCCUCAGGCAGAAAUUCGCCAAUAACUCUGGUUACCCCCGGCCCGGCCUGAUGCGCGCCGCCCAAAUCGCGACGAUUUCUUCGUCACGAUCACUCCCAAGGUCGCAUCAAGUGAUCGCGAUUAGUUGCUCUCGCUAGACCCUGGAAGCCGUUGCUGAUCUAUUAAAGGCGGAUAUCUAAAGCAACCACCAUGACGACGAUACCGAUACUCAACAUUGAGUUCAGCGAGCUCAAGGAGAUCGUGUGGACCAAGUUGCAGGAACCGAAAGCUCAACGGAAGCUAGUUCUGAUUAUCGUGUCGAUAGCUCUGUUACUCGAUAACAUGCUGUAUAUGGUGAUAGUGCCGAUCAUACCUGAUUAUCUCAAGUACAUCGGUGCGUUUGGGGACGUGGAGGAAGAGGUGAACGCAACGGGGCCGCCUUCGCAUCAUGGUCAAGAUUCAGCCACAGGAGUGUUAUUUGCAUCGAAAGCUAUCGUUCAACUAAUGGUGAAUCCAUUUUCUGGCGCUCUCAUAGACAGAAUCGGUUACGAUAUACCCAUGAUGAUAGGACUUUGUAUAAUGUUCCUGUCUACGGCUGUUUUCGCUUGCGGCCGAAGCUACGGUGUCCUGUUCUUCGCCAGAAGUCUGCAGGGAGUGGGUUCGGCGUUUGCGGAUACCAGUGGCUUGGCUAUGAUAGCAGAUCGUUACACGGAAGAGUCAGAACGCUCGAAAGCCCUUGGUAUCGCGUUAGCCUUCAUUAGUUUCGGGUGUCUGGUAGCUCCACCCUUUGGCGGUGCUCUUUAUCAGUUCGCGGGCAAAGAGGUGCCCUUUCUGAUACUCGCUUUCAUCAGUUUAGCAGACGGAAUAAUGCUUUUAUUGGUAAUGAAGCCGCUAAAAGAACAAGUGAAAGACAGCCAGAAGGAACAUAAACAAAUGAUACCGAUCUGGCGGCUGCUCAUAGAUCCUUACAUCGCAGUAUGCGCGGGCGCUCUGAUGAUGUCCAACGUCGCGUUGGCCUUUCUGGAACCCACUAUUUCGUUAUGGAUGGAGGAUAACAUAACUCGCGACAACUGGAAAAUGGGAAUGAUUUGGUUACCCGCGUUCUUCCCUCACGUGUUCGGCGUCGUGAUAACGGUCAAGAUGGCCAAACAGUAUCCUCAACAUCAAUGGCUGAUGGCUGCCUCUGGCCUCGCGUUGGAAGGCCUAUGUUGCUUCAUAAUACCAUUCUGCAGAUCUUACUGGGUUCUUAUGAUUCCACUCUGCGGAAUUUGUUUCGGUAUAGCUCUCAUCGACACUGCAUUGUUGCCAACUCUGGGUUACUUGGUGGACGUGAGAUACGUCUCCGUAUAUGGUAGCAUCUACGCUAUAGCUGACAUCUCGUAUAGCGUGGCGUAUGCGGUGGGACCUAUCAUAGCCGGUGGUGUCGUAGAGGCGAUCGGUUUCACAGCUUUAAAUAUCGGCAUAGCCCUUUCCAAUCUAAUGUACGCACCUGUACUCAUGUAUCUGAGGCACAUCUACGACUUCAAACCGUUCCAGGACGAGGCGGACGUUCUCAUGCAAAAUCCACCCGACAAGGAGUACCAGACGUACGUGUUGCAAGAGCAGAGGCCGCUCUCCGGCGAAGUAGGCAAUCAUCUGAAUCAAACGCGUAUGGAGACGAACGUGGAUCAAGGCUACGAUCAAAAUUACCAAGCUGGACAGACUUACGAUCAGAGUGGAUACGGGCAGAAUAUUAAUGCCUCCGGAUACACUCAAGCUCCAACAGGUUACGAACAGCCACCUAUGUAUGAGCAACCGGCUAAUUACGGCCAACAGCCUAUGGGUUACGCCCAACAGAGACCUUACGGACAAGAGCCGCAGGCAGCAGGUCAAGUAGAUGUGAAUCCAUUCAGGAGACCUCCUAACGUCGAUCAGAAGCCUUCCGGCGAUAGCAAUCCAUUCAGACAAGGAAUGUAUUAAUAUGAUCGACGAGGCUGCGUAGUUUAUCGGGUAUUCGUGAUCGUUCACCAUCGAAUCUACAGGCUACUUUCGCGUCACGUCACGAAUAUCGCGAAAUAGUCUUCGAGAUAGGCUUCCAAUUGUCAAGAAUGUUAGCUGUCGCACGCGUAUUGACGAUCCUCUGCGAAUUAUAGCGAUCGCAACGUUCGUUCUCUUUCGGUGAUUUCACCAAGUGCAUCGACGUCUCGUCAUCUUGUGGUUACGAAUUAUCGAAGGGGGCCGUGUCGACUUCCAGAACGAUGAUUACUUCGAGAUGUUUCGGAGCUAUAUCUCUAGAAAGUACACCGCGGAGUUCUAUGCUCGCGUAAUAUUCGACGAUGGUCUUGGGAUCAUUCGCAGUGGUAGUGUCGGGAAAUUUAAAUCGGUCUUACGGAUCAGUAUUUUUUAUUCGAGAGGCGAUCGUUUCUUCGACGGAACUAGAUGCGAAGGGAACGAUGAUGAAAUUACGAAAAAAGUAGUGUUUAUAAAUCAUGAAGGAACGUGAUUGGUACUUGACAUAUCAGUUGCCAUUAACUCGAUGACUGUGUCCCAGGUUUUACUAUUUUACAAUUCGUUUUACCAUCUUUUCUCUGUCUUUUGAUUUAUAUUUUUUUUUUUUUUGAAUCUUUAUUCUAUAUAAAGUUUCAGUAGUUCAGUUAAUUCAGUAGUUAAGUUCAGUAAAUUCAUUUAGCUGCUUAUUAAAUGAAUAUUAGGAAGUUAAUAAAAACAUUUGUAACAAGAAUUAAUUUGAAACUUAACGUAGUGUAAUUUUCUACACGUGUAGUAAUUAAUAAUAUCAGUAUGAAAUUUAAAUAAUUUUAAAUUUACUUAUAAUUAACACGAAACAUUUGAAACUUGCCGCGUAUUUUAAACAUAAUCUAAUAGAUAUUUUUGAAAUUAUGAGUUAUGUUAAUAAUACAUCGUAAACAACAGUCAUCGUGUUGACAGCGAAAAAUAUAAAUCGAAUACCAUAAAAUCAGGUUUCCUAAACAUAUCCAAUUCUAUAUGACAAGUAAAAGCAGCUAGAAUGUAGUGAAACAAAGUCGUCACUUUCAAUUGCAACGUGCAAAAGUCGAAAUGUUUAGAAUGACAAAUUCUUACCGAAAGUGGUCAGCGAAAAAUUAAGAGAGAACAAAGAAGAGAGGUAUGAUCCAAGAAGAUGGAGAAUCACAUUCGUCCACAUCUCGUGGGCCGAGUUGAAAAGAACAUAAUCGCAACGGAGGCUUCCCCUCAACAAGGACCUUUGCUCGCGAAUUGCCACGAACAUCGGCAAAUCCUCAGUUUUUAUUCGUUUCGUUUGCAUUUCAUUGUUGAACCGAAGUAUCAUAUCACUAAUUAAGGCGUCAAAUUAGUAAUUAUCGAAGCUUUCAUGUAGGUAAUUGUAUAGAUAAUGUGUACGGUAAGGAAGAAGUAAGUUUUCUUUAAACGUGAUGUAUAAUGAUAUUGGCAAAGUACGUUGCGACUGUUACAACGCGUAAUAACAUAUCAUUCUUCUUCGAUUUUAUUUAUUAUCAUUAAGAAUUAAGUAUUUCAUUAGUGUUGUUUUAAUUUUCAUUAAUUAAAAUUCACAAAUUAAAACGUCGAACGCAGAACAAACAAAUACUAAGGAACAUUGAGUUGGACGAUAUUAGUUGGAUCGCGUCGAAGCAUCGGAAUGUUAAAUUCGCUGAUUAAUCAUUAAUGGUAAA